AUGGAGUCUUCACGAUCAGGGGUUGUAUCGUCUAAAGAAAUGUUACCGCUCACCACAUUCGAUUCAGCAGCUCAAGACGAGAAUAAGGCAGCAGCCAGUAAAUCUGAAAGCAUGUCUCUGAAACUCGCAAUCCAAUACCUGGCAGUGGUGAUAUUACUGAACAUGAUUCUGUAUAAUACGAUUCGAUACUCCUCGGGGGAGGCUACGAACUUCGGUGAUUGCUCCCAUGAGAGCGCUACUUUGGAUCCCUCGAGAUUUACGAAUGAUCUAGGCAAGCUUUCAUCAGACUCAAAUUUCGGAUACAGGAACCAUGGAAAUGACCACACGUCGGCAUGGUCGCCUGAAGCAGCAGGUGCUUACACUAAAAAGACAUCUGUGUCAUUCAGCGAUGUCACCGCUAUCUGUGCCAAUUACUCUGAGGAGAACUCCCCUUCCCGUUGUACGACAAACACCAUUUCGUCUGUAAUACUACUCAGCAGCUCUAUACUUUCCCUUCGAUCAGAGCUUAUCAAUUUUACCACUCCCCACCUUUCGAAUGAACGACCGCUGAAUCCCAACUUUGAGUCUCCAGGUCUACUGGACAUGAUGCACCUUAAUCCUUCAGAAUUUCCGAAAGCUGUACCAUACUAUGUUACCCAUACUCUCGGUUCUCCUGUUCACCAUGUAGGGUAUUAUUGUCCCCUCUCAUCCCCAUGCACCAACCCAGUAUUCAGCAUCUCCACUCAUGAAGAUAUUCCCAUGCUCUUCACAUUCCUCCCUUCUAUCCUCGAUACCAACACGGAAGUUCUCAAGUUUGGUUUCGGAAAUGCGACAGGCUACCACUUUUCUACUAAUAAUUUUGCGAACGGUGGCUUUGAUAUACUGUUUGGAAAAGCGAGGUCUCCUUUGCUUGAUCCUAAAAACGAUUACUCUCAGAUGAAACAAGACGUACAUCGCCUUCUUAAUGACGAGCUUAAAUUAAAUGGUCUCUUUUUCAAUGUCCACACUCAUGACUCUAGGGAGAAAGGGCUUCGUGGGGCAGUAAUCCCUUGGACCGGCAGUGAGAGAAGCGACAUAGAGCGAAUGGAGACGGUCGUGACGUCGGAACAAAAAAUGACUACUUGUGCUGCGGCUAUAGUACUACGGCAUCUUAAGAGAGUAGAAUUAUGGAUUCUGGGAGGUUCUUGUUUGGGAUUGGCUGGCUCAGUAUUACUUUUGUCGCUGUUUUCUUGGUGGCUCGAGAACAGACAAGGAAGGAUUCGUUUAUAA